GCUGUACUUCUGUAUCCUGUGACAAAAGAAAUAGUGAUAGAAAAAGCAACAGCGGUUCCACCUGUCAUGUGAACCGGAGCUGUUGCCAUUAGGUUUAUGCACAGUGACAGAUAACAGGCAGGGCAGGAAGUGUGGAAAUGAUGGCACGGGGACUUUCCUAUAUGGCGGAUGUGACGGUAGGGGAGUCGAACGAACACCUCACAAGUUCUGAGGGGAUGUUCGUGUGUGUGUGUGUGUGUGUGCGUGUGUGUGUGUCUGAGUGCGUGUGCGUGUGUGUUUGAGAGAGAGAAUGAGAAAGAGAAAGUUCUAAGUACCAUAGCGGCUUCUGGAAAUAUUUGCACCCUAUACUUAAAGUUGACUGCUUACUCACCGUAAAGUACAUUUUAUAUUUCUCACCACCACACACGGGAUUUUAAAAUGUUUCCGAGUUCCCCCACAAGGGGGAAACCCAUAGUGUUUUUCAAGAAAUACACAUGGGUGGACGAUAUUUAAUGGACGGACAGAUCAUGUAGCCGGACAGAACAGUGGCACAUCAUUCCUAAGCACAACUUGGAGAAUUGUAAAUGGAGUCUUGCUUAAAGCCCGCGGACCACGGAGAUUCGUCUGCACCCGGGGAAAAUGAGUAUCCUUCUGGAUUUCCUCAAAGUAUUUGUGAUGAUGUGCCCCAGCAAAAGUAUCUGUGCAGUAACUGUAAUAACGUCCUAAAUGAAGCACGUCAGACAUUGUGUGGCCAUCGCUACUGCCUUGCUUGUGUCAAUUGGUUAGUGAGGAACAACAAUAAACUUGUUUGCAAGAAGUGCAAAGAGGAGGAUCCCAGCUCAGAGAGUGAAACAAGCAUACUGACAUCAGACAAUUUAUUCAAUGAUGCAGCCAUCAAUAAGGAGAUUUUGGAGUUGAAAGUACAUUGUGCUAACCAAGGUUGCUCCUGGAGGAGUAUUCUCAAGGAAUUUGAGGAGCACCAGGGACAGUGUGAGUACGCCCUGAUUCCCUGCAACAUUGGCUGCGGCCAGAUGGUGCUGCGAAAGGCCUUGGCGUGUCACCUGGAGAACGCCUGUCCAAACAACAUGUCAGCAUGCCCUGCAUGCAGCCGCUUAAUGAGUCUGUCAGAGCAACAGAAACACUCAUGUCAGAGUCUUCAAGAGAAAAAGGUGACAAAAUCUGAUAAGAAACAAAAGAAGUAUCAGCUUCCAGGUUCCAAAAGGAAAGAGUCUUGUGUUUUCUCUGAAGUUGGUUGCACAUUUAAGGGGAUCAUGGAAAAGGUCAGAGUGCAUGAGAACAGCAGCCAUGUCAGCCACCUUCAGCUGCUGCUACAGGCCGCCAGAACUGGCAGCAGUGACCUGCCGGCGCCUGCCUCGUGUAAGGAGAACAUGGCCACGGAUGAGCAGCUGCCCCAGGUCAGGGAGACUCUGUCUGGCCUCAGACUCCACGGGGACAUGGGGCUGUCAGAGGGGGAGCGGGGCUUGCUGGAGACAGACGGAGGGGAGUGCUCGGCAGCCCACAGCCUGCUGUGCGAAGACCAGCAGACCAUCCUCCUGGACCUGGAGCGGCAGAUAGACACACUGCAGCAGAGGGUCCAGAUAUCGGAAAACAUAAUUUCCGUCUUGAACAGGGAAGUGGAGAAGACCCAGCUGGGUGUUGAGGCUUUAGAGAGGGAGAACCAAAGCAGUCAAUACUUGAUUCAUCACUUAGAAAUAAAGGUGGCAGAGCAAGAGGAAAGACUGACCAGGAAAGAUACAGUCAUCAACUCCCUCAAACAAAGCCUGACUGCACACCUGGAGGUCUCUUAUGACGGCACCUUUAUCUGGAGGCUCUCGGACCUCAACUCCAAAAUGAAAGAGGCCAUCUCAGGCCAUGGGAACAGACCAAAUCUGUACUCACCAGCAUUCUACACAUCCAGGUAUGGAUUCAAGGUGUGCAUGAGGCUGUACCUGAAUGGUGAUGGUUUGGGAAAAGGCACUCAUAUUUCUCUUUUCUUUGUGAUCAUGAAGGGAGAGUAUGAUUCCCUUCUCUCAUGGCCAUUUAAGCACAAGGUCACCUUCUUCCUACUUGAUCAGAAUCACAGAGAACAUGUGAUUGACGCCUUCAGACCUGACCUAACGUCUUCAUCCUUCCAACGGCCUGUUUCAGAUAUGAAUGUGGCCAGUGGUUGUCCGCUUUUCUUUCCCCUUAGUAAACUUAAUUCGCCCAAGCAUGCAUACUGUAAAGACAACACCAUUUUCAUCAAGUGUGUUGUUGACACUUCAUCCUGAGCCAUGCCUUAAUAAUAUCACAUAGAUGAGUGAGACCAAAAAAUAAGAGCAAUUAUGCUAACCUGCCAAAUGUUGGUUAUUAGAUUAUGUUAAAAUCACUUCCAAGGUUAAUAGUUCUCGAUAGUCUUUUGAAAUGUUAUUUCAUAGAUUAUUUUCAGUAAUCAUUUCAGAAACCCAAAAUGGUUUUGAUAUGAUAUAAUACUGUUAAAAUGAUUGAAUUUCUGAGUGAAAUUAAUAUAAAUGAUAAUACAACGGACCAAUGAUUGUUUUGCUACAAAGUGCAAUGUUGUUAUGGUAAGUCAGGGCCCCAAGCAUUUUCAGGUAAUAAUUUGAAAAAACCUGUUUCUAUACGCUACUUAUUUACUAUUCUCAUGUACAGUGGAUAUAAAAAGUCUGCACACCCUGUUAAAAUGCCAGGUUCUUGUGAUGUAAAAG